UCAGCUGGCUCUGCCAAGGAGGAGAAGGAUAAGGGAAAGAAAGGGAAGAAGGGGAAGGGCAAAGAUGAACCUGUCAAGAAGCCAGCCCCUCAGAAACAACCCCCGAAAACUCGAAACGCAGAGGCUGCAGUGAAGAAACCAGAGCAGACAGGAGGAGAGGAGGGUGAUGAGGAGAGAGGAGAGGCGGGAGGUCCUGCUGGGCAGGAGGACAAGGAGGACGAUGUGGACCAGGACAACCCGGGAGCAGAGGAAGCAGAGAAUCUGCUCACCUCUCUAACAGGACAGCCUCAUGUGGAAGACGUGCUGCUGUUUGCUGUGCCGGUCUGUGCUCCGUACACAGCCCUGUCCAACUACAAACACAAAGUGAAACUGACACCAGGUUCUCAGAAGAAAGGAAAAGCCGCACGCACUGCAGUUUUGAGCUUUAUGAAAGCCAGAGAUGCCUCAACCAGAGAAAAAGACCUGUUCCGCAGCGUCAAG